GAAGCCACAAGGACACAAACAUGGCGGCUAGCCGCAUUCGAGGAUAAAUCAUGAAAAAUUUUUCUCGUUUACCUACGUCAACAAAUACAAAAGUUUUGAUUGUGUUUAAUUCAUCGCCUUUUUAAGGCGUGUUUAUUGGGAUUAAGUAAAAGACGAGCUUGUUGGGGUAGUGAUCGAAACAAAGCAUCCCAAACAGCAAGUGACAUAACCGACCUUGAAAAAGGAACCCUUCCUGGAUUCUCAACAAACUUCCUUAACUUGUAAAUUUUAGCAUCCUAUAGUUUUACAAUCACAUUAUCUUCUAUGGGUUGCAGUCGUCAUGCAUCAAGUCAGCAAAUUACAAAUCACCAAGUUGAAUCCACAUCUGACAUGUUUGCUAUGCAGAGGAUAUUUCAUCGAAGCAACCACGAUCAUAGAGUGCCUUCAUUCUUUUUGUAAGUCAUGCAUCGUCAGAUAUCUGGAAACGAAUAAAUUUUGUCCAGUCUGUGAAGUGCAAGUCCACAAAACAAAGCCUCUUCUGAAUAUCCGUUCAGAUCAAACCCUUCAAGAUAUAGUCUACAAAUUAGUUCCUGGGCUUUUUCAACAUGAAAUGCGCCUCAGGAGAGAAUUCUACAGCAAACAUCCUAAUGAUCUGCCUUCAAAUCCGGAGGACAGAGGCGAGGUGUCAGAUUACUUUAUUUACUCCUCUGAUGAAACCAUCUGCCUUUCAUUGGAAUAUGCAGACAAUAUUGUGGAUCGCAAAGAAGAUGUUGAAGACGUAAAUGAUAACCAAUUGAACGGAAAGCGAUUCCUUCGAUGCCCAGCUGCUGUUACAGUGGGCCUUUUGAAGCGUCUUAUUCGUGGAAAAUAUGGGUUGGAUAGCAAUCACGCUCUAGAUAUCCUCUUCGGAGACUCCUUUCUGUGCGACGAAUAUUCGCUAGUGGACCUAGCCUAUAUCUAUAAUUGGCGGCGGAAAGGUCCUAUGAGACUGAAGUAUCGCAUUUACCAAAAGGUGCAGAAUCCCAGUCCUCUGACCAAUGGCACCUGUGUUAAUGAAGAUGUUCCACAAACAAUUCCAACACCAAACAAACAAGAGACAUUGAAUGAGGAGAAAAAAAUAACAAAUGAAGUUCAACUUGAAAUUAGUGAAACUGGCAUUAUGAGUGUCUUGAAUGUAGUUGCAAGAAAUGGCAUUACAGAAGAUAUUGAAGCCCCGGCUUCCAGUUCUGCCAGCGAAAAGACCGAACAGUCGGACGAGAAAAUUCCUCCGUCGCCGAAACCAGAGCCGGGCAUUGACUUAUCGCCGGUACAAAUUCCCGCCGUUUCACCUCCUGAUAUUUCUGUCAAUAGCCAACCAGAAACCCCAGUGGAUUGUGCGACAUCUGUUGAUGUCAAAACAGGAGUUCCUGAUGAAGUAAAAAAGACACCCGAUGUUAGUGAGAGUUCUACUGCAGCUACGACGGAAAUUGCCGGUAAUUCUUCUGCUUCACACGCCGUUGCAUCGGUCCGCAAUAAACUCUCUGUGACCAGCAAUCAAAAAACACCGAAACCAUCGCCUACCUCGUGGAACCAAAGUGUGAACCGAGUAGGAAUCAAAAGAACAUCAAACUCAGUGACAUCCAAUGAUAGUGGCAUCACUGUAAGCCCUGAGCAAAGCCAUCCUACCCCGGCCAAAAAAGCAGCACCUUCAAGUCCAUCAAAAGCACCUCGAUUCUUCAAAGUACGUAAUUCCUCACAGUCCGGCUGUAGCGACAGUAAUGGAAUGUCGUGCAAGGUUACGGGAACAUCAAUAGCAUCUGUGACUGAAUCGCCUGUUCAAGAAGUGGCUGUCAAUUUGACCAAAGCCUCCAGUAGUCCUAAAAAGGCGUUUGAUAAAGACAGGUCGAUCAGAGAAGGGAAAACACCAUCCCCUCGUCCCGAAGUCUCUACCAAUCCAAUACGCCCUUACUCCGUUCCAACGGUUUCUCAAUCUAAAAGACAACCAUCGCCUAGUUUGGCUGCUGAGGAUGCGGCUGCCCGCUUAAAGCAUCUACUGAAUCCUAUUUCUUCGGCGUCUGCUACAACGACGUCCCAAUCUUCUAGAGACAGCUCUAUUCAGCAGCUAAGAUUUCCCGCUGCAGCAUGGCUUAAUCUAACGAGAGGGGUACCCAAUCGCCCAGCUCCGCUUACGUUAGCAUCAGGCUCGCCAUUUAGCAACCGGCCUCCUAUUUCGCCAGCUCAUUUCAUAUCCAGCUUUAUAGCCUCCCAUCCGCAUUAUCCCUACCUUUCUCCGUUGGGUCUUCCUCCUCCACCGGACGGAAAGAAAUCUCUUCCUUCAUCGACGGCGUCAUCGUCGUCGUCUUCUUCGUCAGCCGUUUCACAGCAAAUGCACAAGUCGACCAGCCCCAGGACGUCUAAUAACUUCCCCACACCAACAUUUAACCUGAAUGCAUUACAGCAGUGUACUUACCCAUCAAGCCUGUCCCCUUUGCUACCAAACCUUCCACGUGAAUUGGUCGGUUCAUUUUACCAUUCAUCUUAUGUUCCGCGGCCCUUCAUGUCAAAUCGUGGAAGCCCCCACGUUUCUCCAAAAUCUCUUUCUUCGUCUUCUUCAUCAUCUGUUAAUAACAACAGCGGCGGAGGAUUCCAUCCCUCGAUGCCUCCGACUGUGACGACGACGACAUCCAACAGUUCUUCUUCUACGACAGGAAAGAAAUCAUCGCCUGGUUUAAGACCGCUUGUACCCCGACGAACUGUUGCCCCACCUCCCCCUUUAGUACCUAUUGGGUCUACCCCUAGUUCCGCACGUUCACCUCCCACACUUCUCCCGAUUAGUGACGUAGUCGAUAAAGAGUCGUCUGCUGCUAAAACAAGCCCUUCUGCGACAGCUUCAAACUGCAAAACAGUCGUGGAAAGCUGCGUUACUCGGAUGGAUGAAGACGUCAAAAGUGAUGCAGCUCCUAAACCGACUGAUGGCGAACCUGUUACAGCUGAACGAGAAAAUCAGCACUCGCCUCGCCAAGAAAAUGGUAAAGUUACAGAAGUGGAUUGUGGGAAAGUUGACGCUCUGAAAAUAUUGCAAUCCGAGUGUUCGGUUAGUAAAACUGCGUCGGAGAAUGUCAAUUCAGAAGUCGAAAAGCAAUCAGAUUCCAAGGUGGAAGUUGCUGCCACAUCUCCGUCUUAACGCUCUAAAAAUAAAAGACGAGCUCACCAGUGAUGGGAAGUGCGCGUAGCGUCAUUUUGUACAUAUCCAAUAAUACCAAUAUCCGGCUACUUCGCUCACCUCCUAAGAUGAGUUUCAAUAUAACGUAAGAUCUGAUCUAUUAUUUAUCAUUUAGACCGUGUUAUUGAUUACAGUACGGCGGCAACUUUUUCAUCCCUUGUAUUUUCUUUUUUCCCUCGUUUCAUUUCUUCAUCUGCAAGUGUAUGCACGGCUUUAUCGCCUUGUGGUCACGUUCAAUCUGUAUAGAAAAGAGUGCGAUAUUUGUACACUGAGAGAGUGGAGACGAAGGUCUUCCAUGCCUUCGUAACUAUCACUGUACUUCGUGCGUUAGUUUAUUUCCCUUUUUUGUAAUCCUAGUUUUAACUAAGGAGAAUACACGAGCAAAUUCGAUUAUAA